AUGGUAAUGGAGCUAGCAAAGAAAAGGAAGGCUACGAUGCUCGACAAAUCGGGGAUGCUGGUCUUCAUUGAAGUGUGGAAGGACAAUAUUCUGUCCCUUCGGAGCACUUCCAAGAACUCCCACAACUACAAGCAAAUGUGUGAGGAGCUGAAAGGCCACGGCGUUAUACUUACGGCGGUCGAAUUGAAAAACCGGAUCAAUAAUCUCUCUCGGAAGUACAGCACUCGCGAUUUGAUGGAUGAGGUGAUUGGUUCCGAUGAUGACUACUGCGAUGCUGAGUAUUUAGAUGAAGCGUACAACCCGGAGAACGACACAUUCGCUCAAUCUAUGUUUAUGUCACCUUCUGCGCCGACAUCAUCAGUAUCAUCGCCAUCAUCAAGCCGCAGGCAUUCCGCUCCUAAAAAGAGAAAACAAAAUGUGCAGGAAAAAUUGUUGGAAUUGGCUAUAAAAUAA